GCGACGCUGCACGCCGCCGGCCGGUCCGGAGCUCGAUACUAUGGACAAGUUUCUUCUCAAAAGAAAAGCAUCAUCACAGGAUGUUCCGGAAGAAAUAAAUUGGGAAGAGGAGAUUCAAUAUGAUCCGGGCAAGAGAAAAUUGAUUGAGCAUUAUCAUCCUAAUUUAAAAGAUCUGGUAAGAAGGAAGUAUUUGUUGAAUGGACCUUGUCAGCCAAGAGAGAUUGAUUUUGAAUCCUCAGAUUUUGGGGGUAAACAGAGAAAGUUCAAUCCCGAAUGGUUUGAUGAAUUUGAGAGCUGGCUUGAAUACAGCGAAGAGAAGAAAAGGGCAUAUUGUUUUCCUUGCUUCUUAUUUAGGGAUCGUAGUCAGAAGAAAGAAGCUGGAUAUGAGGCAUUCGUUGUGAAUGGUUGGAAGAGCUGGAACAUGAAAUCAAGGUUAAAAGAACAUGUUGGUGAGGUUCAAGGUGAAACUUUGAAGGUUGCAUAUUUUGCUCGAUUGAAUGCCGCUAUUGACACAGCUAGACUAUUGCUGAAGCAAGGGUUGCCUUUCCGGGGACAUGAUGAGUCAAAGAACUCGCAUAAUAGAGGAAACUUCUUGGAAGUUCGUGAUUUCUUAGCUGAGCAUGAUCCAGUUGUACGCAAGGCUGUGGGAAAAGAUGCUGCAAAGAAUUCUCUUAUGUCGGCUCCUGAAGUCCAGAAAGAUAUUGGUGAAGGUUUUGCGCAUGUGAUAGUGCAAUCUAUUCUGAAAGAAGUUCGCAAUAAUGUGUUUUGUUUGCUUGUUGACGAGUCUAGAGAUGUCUCUGGCAAAGAACAAAUGGCCGUGGCCUUGAGGUAUGUUGAUAGUUCCGGGGAUUCUAAAGAAAGUUUUGUUGGUCUUGUCCAUGUGAAAGAAACAACGUCUUCAUACCUCAAGAGUUCAAUUGAUUCUCUUUUUGCAAAAUAUAAACUGAGUUACAAUCAAGUUAGAGGACAGGGGUAUGAUGGUGCUAGCAAUAUGCGAGGUCAGUUUAAUGGCCUCAAAUCAUUGAUCAUGAGAGAAAGUAGCACAGCUUAUUAUGUUCAUUGCUUUGCUCACCAACUUCAGUUAGUUGUUGUGGCUGUCGUAAGAAAGCAUAAAGGAGUUAGUAAUUUCUUCAGCAUGAUUUCUACCUUGCUAAAUGUUGUGGGUGGAUCUUCCAAGCGAAGGGACAUGAUUAGAGAUAUUAAUCUUGAAGAAAUGAGAAAGGCUUUAGGGUGUGGACAGCUUACAACAGGAACAGGAUUAAAUCAAGAGCAAUGCCUUCAAAGGCCCGGAGACACUCGAUGGGGUUCCCAUGCUAAAACACUUAAGAGUUUGCUUCACAUGUUCAGGUCAGUUGUUAAAGUUCUAGAAUUUGUGGAAGAAGAAGACACUGAUAGAACAAAUAGAGACCAAGCAAAUGGUCUUCUAGUGUAUUUUCAAUCUUUUGACUUCGUAUUCUAUUUGCAUCUUAUGUUGACAAUCCUCACGACUACAAACACAUUGUCAUUAGCAUUGCAACGGAAGGAUCAAGACAUAGUAAAUGCCAUGAAAUGUGUGAAGUCAACUAGAAUUGUUCUGAAUGAACUUAGAGAAAAUGAAUGGGAAUCUAUGCUAGGUGAAGUUCAUGUGUUUUGUGAGACACAUGAUAUUGUAGAGUUGGACAUGGAAGAAGCAUAUGUUAAUCCAAAAAAGAGAAGGCAGGUAACUGGAAUUACCAACAAACAUCACUAUCAAGUUGAUUGUUUCAAUGAUGUUUUUGAUUGGCUAGUUCAAGAGCUUGACAAUCGGUUCAGUGAGACAUCCACUAAUUUGCUUGUUUGGUCAGCGGCUUUGAGUCCAAGAGACUCAUUUCGUGAUUUCAAUUUGGAGAAUCUUAUGAGUUUGGCUAAACUAUACCCUCAAGAUUUUGAUUCUGGGGAAUUGAGGGAUCUGGAUAAGGAUCUACGCCUCUAUAUUGCUGAUGUACGCACAGAUGAUAGUUUUUUCAACAUAGCAACAAUCACUGAGCUUUCGAAAAAAAUGGUGCAGACAGGGAGGCACAUUGUGUAUCCUUUGUUUUAUCGGUUGUUGAAACUAGUAAUUGUCUUGCCUAUUGCCACUGCUACAGUUGAGAGAUGCUUUUCAGCUAUGAAACUGGUCAAAACCUGCUUGCGCAGUCGCCUCAAUGAUGAUAGUUUGAGUGAUGAUCUUAUUUGUUAUGUGGAGAAAGAAGAAAUGAAAAAGGUCACCAAUGCUCAAGUGGUUGAGUAUUUCAUGGCUCGGAGGAACAGAACGUACUAAAGGUUAUUGAACCUUAUUGUCCGAUGAUGUAUUUUGGGAUUUGGAAAUGCAGCGUGAUCUUUUUCAAGUAAUUUUGAACCUUGUUUUAUUAUUAUAAUAAGCAUUUUGAUGGCUACAUUUUAUUUUUACAAACCACCUUCUUGUUAUAUCCAAUAAUGUGUGCUACAAGUUAUGAACACACCUUUAUUUAAUAUAGUCGUUGCUUAAUUUUUUAAAGCUUUGUUAAAGUGGUGCAUCGGGUAACAUUUGCUCCAGCUCCGCCCCUGGCUGU